AUGGAAAAUGUGGAAAUUACGGUCGAUGAUAAAUAUGACAUCACCAAACAGUUUAGCAGUCAGCUUCAAAUUGAUGAGAUUUGGUACACAUUGCUUGUGACGAAUGUUCAGGCUGAAGACUUCACUAAAUAUUAUUGUGUUGGAACUAACAGAUACGAAGAUGGAGAAACAACUAUCAUAUUGUUUGAAACAAUGAAUCCUCCGGAGGGAUCGAUUUGUUUAAAUGACACGGUUCUAGGAGAAUAUACUGUAUCAGAAACAAAUUCUUCAACAGCAGGUCUUGCUGAAACAACUACUGGAAUUUUGGAGGAGACCACAGAUUCAACGACUAAGAUUUUGGAGGUGGAAAUUAAAUCAAAUGUAAAAGUACCUUCAUAUUUACUAGUCUGA